UCGAUGAUCAACCCAAUUUUCCCAGACAACGUGGGAAUGAAAACCAGUAACAAGAUUAGUGCAGACUGCAGACCAAAUGUGGCGGCAAAACUGUUUCUCGGAAAAUGAAGAUUCGGAUCAAAGCAUCUCAGAUGGCGAAGACCCUGAGGACGAAAAGUCCUUAUGUAGACCUGAAAGGACGAAGGAUCAACUACCAGUUCUAUCACAACUUGAGACACUUAAAGAAUGUGAACGUCCUCCUGGAGUGGGCAUUGAUGAAUUGGGUUUUGGAAGGGAAAAGAGUUGGAGGUCAUUUCAGAAGCAUAUGGGUGCCUCUUUUGAGGAGUCUGAAUUGCCUGGUCUCCAUGAUGGCAAAGGGGAGAAUGCAUUCGCACACAAGUCUUAUGAUGAGGAAAGGAUCUCUGAUGAUGAGGAUUACAACAUGGUCUCAAAGUUUUCUGUGAUCUCUGGAGCAAACAAGUUUCAGAAAGAUCAUCUCCAUAUUCUUGAGAACGAGAACAAAAAUGAAUCAUGCAUACAGUCUGCAGUUCUUAAAGAAGCUAAUAAAUUUCUAUUUUCACAUAAAGAGGAUGGCAAUUAUUCUUUCCAUACUGCAAAUUCUGAGACCAGGAAAAUCUGGAAAGGUAGAAGCAAAGUGAAGCCCAGGUUCUCCAUUCGCCACUGGUUACACAAGGAAGCGACACCCCCAUUGUUGAUGAUGAAGGAUGAGGAUAAUAAAUCAUCCAGUGUUCCUAAACUGUACGAGGGAUUGGGAAAUCUUGAGCAUAAAGUUAUGGGACAUUCGAUGACUGAGCUUCUUGAAGGUUUGCAGGAAGAAAAAGAGACACAAUCUGACCUUCAUCUGGGAUCUGUUGAAAGAGUCACUCCUGGACAUGGGAAUUUGGAGCAUUCAAUGACUGAGUUUCUGAAUGGCUUUCAGGGCCAAAAUUGUGAACUGAAACGGACCUAUAAGAUGAAUAGUAAAACAAAAGGAAGAAAGUUAUGGCCUGGUGCAAAGAGAAAUAUAUCUCACCUGGGUGAUCGAAUCCUUCAGAAUGAAGAACUCCAUGAGCUCAUUAUUAGUGAAACAUCAAGCGAGGAUGAGGCCAAUGAUCAAAAUCAACUAAAACUGACAACUGUAGAAAUUAAAGGGCAAACAAUGGCUGAUAGAUUCCAGGAAGCUUUGAUUGCUUCAGCUGCAACUGAAGGGGGGAGCUUCUAUGUGACAUCUAAAAAGAUAGGAACUGGAUAUUAUGGAAGGCUGCAGCAAGUCAUGCAGGCCGAAAAGGAAAGACAUAUGGAAUUCUUGAAGCAGGUGCAGACAUCAGCUAAUUCACAUGAUGCAGUGGGAUGCAUUGAUGUUAAAAUAUUGUCAAGAUACUUGGAUGCAAAGUUGACAGUUUGUCAGUGUACUGUUGGUGAAAACACUAAGCAGAGCUUGCAAUGUGCACAGAACCUCCAAGGGAUUAAGGGCAAAGGAGAUGGGGAAAAGACCAUUAUCUUCAGUUCAAAAUUUUGUGGAAAUGUGGAGCUUGAAGUGGGAAACUUGAUACGCAUUCACCCUCCAUGGUAUAAAUUAUAGAACUGCCACCCUUCUUUCAUGGACCUUCACUCUUUAAGUAUUGAUAGAAGGGAAAUAUUCUUACACUGUAGUUUGAUGAGACAUUAUAUUCAGUCCAUGCCUCCAUUGAUUUUGUUCCUCUUCCAAGACGUAGAGAAAACCAUUUUUAAUAGACCUCCGUUUGGUUGGUAUUGCACUUCAGCACAACUGUACCACAGGAAUCACUGGAAGUACAUCUCAGAGUUUUGUGUUCAUGGUAAAUUAGUAGACAUUUGACCAAAAUGGGUGCUGAACAAAUCCUGUUCAACCUGUAACUAUACCAGAUUACCCAUUGAUGAUCAAGUAUGUCAGUAGAUUCAGUACAUGACAAAUAUUUAAAGCAAAUUAAGUCCAAUCUACUUAGGUCAAUUGGGAUAAAUCCUAGGUCAUUCAAGCAGCAAAUCUGUCGGGACAUGCAAUUAAAUCUGUCUUUAUGCAGAUUUCGUCUGGAAGCCACCUGACAAUCAAGGAGAUCAUUAUCAGCUUACCAGUUAGAUUUGGUGGGGUCUUUCCUUGUUUUACAAUUAUGGUGUGAUUGGUGAUAAAGGUGCUACUGAACUACUGUAGCUCAAGCAAAAUAUUGCCUCAAGUUUGGUGAAUUGCCAAUUACAAUCAAGCUAGAUGUUUAUGGUAUAAUCUUGAAAGAACACUAAAAAUCUAAACAAGUAUUGUUCUGAACCUUUUGAGCAGGAAAGAGGUAAAGUCUACAGGGAGUGGUAGCAUAAUUUUGUGUACAUAUUUCUCCCAGAUUGAGACGUGAGUCCAAAUUCCUUUGCCAAGA